CGCGCCGCGGCGACGGCAGCGCGUCCUCCGAUCGUUCGCUCGCGUCCGCUGUCGCUGACGCGAGCGCGCAUACACACUCCAGCAGAGGGGCCGCGCCGCGUUUACUUUCGGCCGAACCGUCGACCGGCGCAGUUGCGCUUGUGAGGCCAGCAAGCAACGCGUCGGCCAACGCUGUCGGCCUCCCCUUUGUUGGGAUUCUCGUCUCCAACGGACCGGUGGAAGCACCGCGACUGCGGCGAGCCGUCGUCGUUUCGCUGGGCGUGUAUCGAACUUGCCGUGUCUCGUCUCCGUGGCCAAUGAGCAGAGGAUCUCCGCGACUUCGCUGUCCGUUCAAGAGCGGACGUCGACCAUCGACCGUCGAUCGGUCCGGUACCGCCUUGGCACCGGGGCCUCCGGAGCAGGCAUGACCCCUGCCUGCUGCGAGCCCGCGCUUUGGAGGUUCUGAGCGCGACCUGUCCGCCUACCAGCGUCUCUGCUGUUUAGGUGUGUGCCAAAGCUGUCUCCCUCUAAAAGGACUCCUCCAGCCCAACAAUGCAGGACCAGUUCUUCGACCAUGGGCGAGACACCAACUCAUCUGAGACUUUGGACUGUGAAGAAUUCACCUUUGAUUAUGACAUUCCAGUGGCUAUACUGUGCGGCAUGUACAUGGUGUUUGGUGUUGUCUACACACUGUAUGGGUAUCGCUGCUUCAAGGCUGUGAUGUUCCUGACGGGCUUCCUCUUUGGCUCCUUUGUGGUGUUCAAGAUCUGCACUGUGGAGAGCCUCCUGCCAACAGCAGGCAAUGCAGGCGUCUCUCUCGGUGCUGGCUUGCUGUUUGGCCUCAUCACCAUGCUGGUGCAGCAUGCGGGCCUUUUCCUGACCGGCUUCCACACGGGGCUGUUUGCAGGCUUUGGUAGCAUAGCCCUAAUGCGGAUCUGGUACACGCCGUCCACAGUGUGGCUGACUGUUGGUAUCCUCCUCGCCUGCAGCAUCCUGGGUGCUGUGCUCAACCUCUUCUGGCAGAAAGCCCUGACAAUUCUAGGCACGAGCGUGUAUGGAGGUGCCAUGAUGGUGGUAGGCUCAGACUACUUUGUGAGUCGGUCACGCCUGACAGACUGGUCCCUGGGUGUGAUCCUACUCAAGCCCCCUCUGCCGCUGUGCUGGUUUUCCUGGCUCAUACUGGCGCUGUGGCCACUGCUCAUCGUCAUCGGAGUGAUCACCCAGUGGCGGCUCACUGGCCGUGGCACCUACCACUCUGACAUUGGGCCAUCCCGAAGGUCUCGUCAACUCAACCUACAGAGAAUAAGGCAAGAAGAAUCCCGCGCAGAGCAACGACAGCGCAAAUACCGAUACUUGUACCAGGUGCGGACUGCUCACGGAGAUGUCAUCUCCCAGAGCUACAUCCAGAGCCUGCAGAAGAAGGUGUGCCCACCACCUGACGACAGCCUCUCAAUGCUCCACUCCGACCUGACGCAUCUCACAAUGCUCAACCCUUCGGAGAGCACAGCCACCACACUGAGCCAAGUGACUUGAGAACGACCUUCAUCGCCUCUACAAAGGUACGGAAGCAAGCAAGCCGUGGGACACGAGCAGGGUUGGCUGUCCAGAGGGACACAAGCCACGGACGACAAGGAGCGAACUUCUUGUUCGAACGUUUUGUGUUCGUUGACGUGCAGAGCAGGUGUUCAGUUGUCGUCCUCAGCUGGGACAGACCCGAGGAGCCUUGAGGCAAAUGGUAACAACUCCAACUGAGUGUGGGAAGGACAACUAACCUGCUCCAGUGUUGUGGUGAGAAGCUGUGUCGUGGAGGUUCUUUCGAGACAAGCAGGUUAAUAUGGUAACACAAGGUGUUUCCAUAGCAGUGACAUUUUCAGUCUUAAAAGCUUCUCUCCCAAUCCACUGUUGGAGUGCAAUGUAGAAAGAAAGUGGUGCUGAGUGUUGAAUAGAUGCGGCAGCUUAAGCCGCACUUUUUUUUUAGUCGUUUGUUACAGCAAGCAAAUAUUCAUGAAUGGUCUUUUGAGGGUGUUUUAAGCUGAUGUAGACAUGGCAGAGAAGUCAGAGGUGCAGUCUUGGAUGCGUUUCACAAGCCAUGCUGGAAGUUGCUGGGGCACAAAGUAUUUCUCAUCUAUCGCAUGACUUUUUCCAGUGCGCAGAGAGAGUGAGGCAUUUCUCAUGCUCAAGAGCUUAGCGCAGGCCCGGUGCUGUUGAGUUGAUGUUUGGAAUGUGGUCUAAUAAAGGACUGUUUGGUGUACAUAGUUACGGACAGAGACUAAUGUGAAUAUGUUUCACUUGUGAUACGUGGGAGAAAAGGACAAGUACAGUUUUUUCUCUUUCCUUAGCAGUCGUAGCGUGUGGCACAACUUUGUAGUGUUCAGUGACUGCCAAAACUACAGACACUAAAAACAGUAUUGUGUACUCUCUGAUAACAAAACACUAAAUGCCAUGUUCACACAUUCAAGGCAUGGGUGUAUAAUAAUAGGUAGUCAUUACAUUAUCUCUUCACCUGGAGUGUACUCAGCCCUGAUACACGGGACUCAUUGUGCACAUCUGAGAACGUCCAAGUUUUUUUCAUUGUUGUUGCUGUACUCCACUGUACAUAUCAUAUGCUGCAGGACAUUAAAAUGAUUGUUUAUGACCA